UAAUAAACGAUAGCACUUAUGCUUUAUCUAAAAGCGAAUCAGACGUCAUCUAUGUUAUCGGCUGUUCUAAUUGUUAAUCUAACCUGGAAUAAUAAUGUAAUUAUUAUCUUCCGCUCCUCUAAACUGUUAGCGUCUUUCUACUGAAAGCUUGAGGCUGAACGCUGUCUCUGCAGCCUGCAGGUCGAGAAAAUGUCGGGAAUCGAUGUCCAAAAGGGAGUUUGCAGGUGUUAAACAGGUAACCCGGGUGAAUAUCGCCCCCCCGUCCCGGCCCUGCAGGAGGGAUGCUGCGCCCAGCACCUCUGAGCUGGCCCACAGCCCAGGGGGACAGCAGCAGCGUCCUGUCCCCGUGUCUCCUUUCCAGUCGCCGUGCUGUGACGAGGAGGGCUGGGUCGUGGGGAGCCCAUGCGCAUGGGACAGCACCCGCGCCAUUCAGAGCUGCCGCCCCCACCUCCGGGAUCCCGGCACCAGACCCAGGGACCCUCCAGACGCAAACGGGCGGCGGCGGCGCGGCCGGUCUCGUACAGCCCGGGGCGGGGCAGAGAGCCGGAGUCCAGGGGCAGGAGGAGAGUCCGCUGCCGCCCCCCAGAGACAGGACCAGGCCAAGCUGCCGGCUGCUCAAGGCCAGGCUGAGGCCCCUGUGUCUGGCGGACGUCGGUGGCCCAACCGUGGGUCAGUGUCAAGGUAUCGUCCCUGGACACUUGUGCGGUCAGCGCAGGACCCCGGCACCCACAGUCCCGCAGGGCUGAGGACAGACAGGCAGGCAGGCGCCCUCUCUAGUGUGACGAAGACGACUCACCCUCAGCUGACUGCAUCUCCUGAAAUCUUCACUCCCAGAAGAUGGCGCUGUCUACUGGGCACCACUGUGGACAGGAACUGCAGUAAUGUGGAAGCUGGUCACACACAAAUAAACAGGAGCCUUUUUCCCCGUUUCCUGCUGCAAGCAGUCAUUUAUUGUCUGUAUGAAGGCACUGCCAAAGCCGGUCACCCUGCGACACAAAUUUCAACUGCAAUGUCACAUUAUCUACGCGAGCAGAGUGACGUCUCCCUCUCAGAGCCAGCGGCGAGCACACUGACCCCUUCAUCUUCUAACACGUCACUGUGCGCCACCUCUCCAAGCUGGUUAGUAACAUGACCCAGGCUCGAACCCGCAGCACAUGAAUCAGGGCGCAAAGGUAAGUCUCUUUACCAGCUGAGCCACUCUGCAGCUUCCUCUUGGCUCGUUUUAGGAAGGUCUA